AUGGGCAAGGACUACUACAAAAUCCUGGGAGUGGCUAAGGAUGCUGAUGAAAAUCAGUUAAAAAAAGCUUACUACAAGCUGGCACAGAAAUGGCACCCCGACAAGAACCCCAACAAUGUGGAAGCGGCCACGGAGAAGUUCAAGGAGAUUUCCGAGGCGUACGACGUUCUGUCGGACCCUCAAAAGCGGUCAGUGUACGACCAGUUUGGAGAGGAGGGCCUUAAGGGCGGUAUGCCCGGAGGCGGGGGAGGCGGUGCCGGGGGCCCGGGGGGGGGCCCCGGGGGCUUCCCCGGCGGCGGCGCCUACCACUUCGAUGGCGACAUGGCGGAGAGUUCGGACGGUCGGGCGGCGGGCCCGGGGCGGGGGGCCCCCGGCCGGGGGCGGGGGCCCCCGCGGGGCCAGCCAAGGUGGAGGUGCCCCUCAAGGUGUGUAUCCCUGGAGGACCUGUACAAGGGCACCUCUAAGAAGCUGCGGAUCACUCGCCACAUCGUGGACGGUGCGAGUGGCAAGAUGAUUCCGGUGCAGGAGGAGGUGCAGAUCGACAUAAAGCCGGGGUGGAAGGACGGCACCAAGAUCACGUACCCCGGCAAGGGCGACGAGCACCCCGGCCGCCCCGCUGAUGACCUAGUCUUCGUUGUACGACAGCAGCCCCACGCCACCUUCACCCGCGACGGCAACGACCUAGCCACCACGGUCAAGGUGCCCCUGGUGACGGCCCUCACGGGCGGUACGAUAACCGUGGGACCCACAUUGGACGGCAGGCGGCUGCCCGUGGUGCUGGACCGUGUAGUGACCCCUGGGUCGGAGCGUGUGGUGGCGGGAGAGGGCAUGCCCAUCAGCAAGGGCCCCGAUGCGGGCCGCAAGGGCAACUUGAGGAUCAAGUUUGACGUGCUGUUCCCAACCUCUCUCAGCAAGGAGCAGAAGGACCGCAUAAGGCCCAUCUUGACAGGGGUCUAG